CAACAGGACUCCAAGUCUGCAGAGCCUGAAGCAAAUCCAACGUCAGAGCCAAUGGCCAAGACGUCGCCCGGCUCAGGCGCAGCAGAAAAAGAUACCGUCAUUGACGUGGCCAUGCCUUAUGGGACUCGCUCCCGCAAUAGGACGGCUAAUUCUCGUCCCAACUACGCCGAGGACAAGGACAUUGAGAUGGACAUGUAUGAUUACUACCCCGACAAGAAAGACAGCGACGCCGGCAAGAAGUCGUCGCGGCAGAUGAACGGCGCCAGCAAUGGCGAUGCGCCUCGCAGCAACGGCAGCUCACGCAAAAAUGCUGCUGCUGCUGCUGCUGCCGCCGCCGAUGACACCAAGGCCGGGCCUGGCCAGAACGGCACCCAGGACGCAAAAUCUGGCGGCACUAUCCACGCAUCACAGGCGGCGUCAGGAUCUGGCACGUCGCAGCCUUCACGGAAACGCAAGGCGGCAGCGAACCAGAACGGCGCGGCGGCCGCAUCAACUGCAACAUCGGCAGCACCAACGCCGCCGUCAACAUCGGCGGCGGCUAAGAAGAACGCCCUGGCGGCGCAAACCCAGCUCCAGGGCAUGACGUGGCCCGAGUCCAACAUGCUCACGUUCGAGACGUGCAAAGGCAUGCCAGUCAAUGGGCAAAUGGUGGCCGACGAUGGCACGGUGCUGGAGGCGAAUGAUCACGUCUAUCUUGUGUGCGAGCCUCCGGGAGAGCCCUACUAUCUGGGGCGCAUCAUGGAGUUUAUGCACGCCAGCAACGACACCGCCAAGCCUGUGGACGCGGUGCGCAUCAAUUGGUUCUAUCGCCCCAAGGAUAUUGGGCGCAAGGCCAGCGACACGCGAAUGGUCUUUGCCAGCAUGCACUCGGACAUCAGCCCCCUGACGGCCCUGCGCGGUAAGUGCCAGAUCAGGCAUCGACUGGAGAUCGAGGGCAUGGACGACUACCGUCGACGACCGGACAGCUUCUGGUUCGAGAAACUGUACGACAGGUACAUCCAGAAGAACUACGAUCUGAUUCCCACCCGGCUCAUUGUCAACGUGCCCGAAAAGGUCAAGAAGGUGCUGGACGAGCGCUGGAAAUACGUGCUAGUCGAGCAGGGGCGUGGCAAAGAGCUGACUAGCGCCGUUAAGCUAUGCAAACGAUGUUCGUCGUACUGCGCCAGGUACCCACCGUUGCUCAAAAAACCCUCACGUGGCUUUGCGUGGUCCUGCGCUGCAUGCAGUCGUGCUCAGGAGCGCAAGUUGGAGGCCCGCCAUACGCCAAACACCGUUGACGCCGGAGAUGCUGAAGAUGAUGAACCUCUGGAUGAGGAUGAAGAAGAUGUUCAUGGCGUUGAAACAGAAAGGACCAGCCCUGGAGACGAUGAUGCGCCCCAUCAGGGAACCGCCGAGCAGAUUUACCAGGCUAGCCUCUGGCCGUGGCGUUAUCUCGGCAUGCAUUGCAAGCCGGAGGAUGCGCUGGACUACGAUGACCGUAUCUACCCGCGUGCAGGCACCCGCAUUGGCCCAAGAAACCAGGCCUCUGUUGGGCCAUGGCCAGGCCAGCCUGUGCAGUACGUCAAACCGCUGGAAUUUAAGAAGGGCGGCAAGAAAGAUCAGAAACUGCUCAAGGAACAACAGGAGGCCGAGAGGGCUCGCCGGGGCCAGCGGCCGAAGUGGGUCCAGGAUCAGCCACCUGGAUAUGUCGCUCGUGGUGAGGACCUGGACGAAGAUGAUCCAAAUUGUACGGCGGUGUUAUUGUGGAAGCCGCCGUCUGCAGAUGAACCGUCUGCCGAAAAGAUCAACAGUUAUGUUGACGACGCCAUGUCCAAGGCCAAACAGCUAGACCUUCCCGAGCGCUCCACGAACCUUCGUGAUGCGGCGGUAGAAACCCUGUAUCGCGAGGACUUUAAUGAGUCCAAGGCCCUCACCGUGCUCUCUCGAAAGCCCAGGAUUGAAUUCAAAGAACCUAACUUGAGCCCCGCCGAGGUGAAGAGAUUUGAAGAAGGCGUCUCCAAAUUUGGCUCCGAAUUGCAUCUUGUCAUGAAGCAUGUCAAGUCCAAGUCGCCGGGAGAGAUUGUUCGGCAUUACUACGCUUGGAAGAAAUCAGAGCGGGGGCAACAAGUCUGGGGCAGUUUCCCAGGUCGAAAGGGAAAGAAGCAGGCAAAGCGUGAAGACGCCGCCGCUUCCAAGCUCGCCGAUGACGUGGCUAACGAUGACGACGACUCUGCAUUCGAUGCGGACAAGGCGGUACAGAAGAAGCGGAGCUUUAUCUGUCAAUUUUGCAACAGAACGCAAGAUCGGCAAUGGAGGAGAGCCCCGAAUCCGCUACCUGGGCUGGUCAAUGACCAGGGUCUUAAGGGCUCUGGCAAAGACAAAGCUGGGAAUCAAUAUGUUGUUGCCUUGUGCCGACGCUGCGCCGAACUGUGGCGGCGUUAUGCUAUUCGAUACGAGGUUAUCGAAGAGGUGGCGAAGAAGGUUGCACAGGCCGGUGGUCGUGCAUGGAAACGCAAGCAGGAUGAGGAGCUUCUCAAGGAGUUGCAGCUCGCGCAGGAAUUGGGCUAUAUGACUCCAGAACGAGCUCCCACUCCUUCCAAGGCUUCAUCCCAGCCCACAGAGACACAAGAGCCUCCUAGGAAGAAGCUCAAGGCUGCCGCCGAUAAAGAGGCUGAUGCAACUCCAUCUGACGCCGGUAGCACCCCUGGCCCUGUUCCCACUAAGAAGAAGGAAAAGGCUGUUGUGGAGCCACCCGCCGCCCCUGAAAUGCCAAAACCGCGAAUUCUUCCUUGUGCUAUCUGUGAUCAGAUGGAACCAUUGGGAGAUCAACACGUCUCGUGUCGAGAGUGCCGUCUGACGGUCCACCGCAACUGCUACGGUGUCAUCGAUCACAAGGUACAAGGCAAAUGGGUUUGCGAUAUGUGUGCCAAUGAUAAGAGCCCGCAAGUAUCCAUCCAAUAUAAAUGUGUUUUGUGCCCUGUUGAGCACACCGAGCAUGACUUUGUGGAGCUGCCCAAGCUCACACACCACAAGAAGAAGAUGUCUGAGAAGGAUCGCGAGCGAGAGAAGAUGGAAGUCCAGCAAGCCCGCAAAGCUGCCGAAUUCUACCGCAAGAAGCAGGAGGAUAUGAACCGCCCUGUCAACCCCCGAGAGCCCCUCAAGCGUACCGCAGAUAACAACUGGGUUCAUGUCACUUGCGCCGUAUGGACACCCGAAGUCAAAUUUGGCAACGCCAAGGCAAUGGAGCCAUCCGAGGGCAUCCCUUCCAUCCCGAGGUCCAAGUAUGACGAGAUCUGUCAGGCCUGUAACCAACAAGGUGGAGCCUGUGUGCCCUGCCACCAAUGCCGUGUACCUUACCACGUUGAAUGCGCACGACAGAAAGGCCAUGUUCUCGGUUUUGAUAUUGCCCCUGUCAAAAGCUCCCGACGAGACCAAUUCAAUAUUGUUACAAUCAACGGUGAGAGCGGGACCAUGUCAGCCGUGCUAUGGUGCAAAGACCAUAUUCCCACCAAGACGAUUGUCCAUCGGAUCCAUGAUGUGGCCAGCGAGUCUGGACUGAAUGCCCUUCAGCUAUACGUCCAGAACUUUAAGCAGGCCGAUCUUACCUUGACAGGAACGGUCCGCAAGGCCACGCUGAUGGCGGCGGCAGCGAAGCUGUCUGGAGCUCCGAUUCAACCAGGGAACCGCAGAGCAUCUACAACGACGACCCCCAACGGCACCUGGACUCAACCGCGCAACGGUGAAGUGGUUGACCCUGGAUCCAAUGCCCAACAUCCAGGAGAAAAGGUCUGCAUUACUUGCGGCAUAGACGUCACCCUGAGAUGGUGGCCUAUUGAUAACUUGCAAGAGCGGAAGCUCACUAACGGACAUCACGGGGCCAUUGGCUCGGAAGCGCAAAAGUUUGUCGAGCAGCGGAAAUUCCAGUGCCACAAGUGCCAUAAACUGCGAAAGACUCCUCGCAGCCCGCGCCUGACUCUGCUACCCGGGCCGUCACCUCCACCGCCCGAACUUGCGCGUCCCCAGCCAAUGGAAGCUUCCUUGAUGACUCCGGUGCCUCCCUUGACAGGUUCAACACCGCCGCCCCUGAUAGAGUAUCGUGACGGACGUCAUUCGAGCCACCCCCUUUCGUGGCCUCAACCGCCAAGUUCGCAUGCCAUACCGGCCGGAUCGACUCCGCCAUCCAUCCCGGCGCCAGUUCAUGCGCCGGCUCAAGUGGCAGGGCACCGUCCGGCUCCGGUAUACCCACCAGCACCACUGCCGCCUACCAGGCCGCCCGCCUUUGGCGACUGGGCACCACAUCGCCCUGGUAGUCAGCAUGGCUCACCUCCUCGUCAUCUCAACGGGGGUCCGCCUCCCCUCCUGCACAGCGCCCCCCCGCCGCCUCCGAUAUCGAAUCUUUCCGCUCUCAGGCCACCUGCUAUGGCUCCAACGGGAAUGCCUGGCGGCCAUCCACAUGGGCACGCAUACGGAAACGGGCUUCCCCCAUCACCUCGACGCAUGAGUGGGCCAACUGCUCCGGCGCCGUAUGUUCCUCCCCCUUACCACGGGCAUGGUGGCCACGGAGGACCCGUCCACCCCCCGGCUCACCUUAUGGGCAACGGUGCACCGCCGCCGCCGCCGCCUCCGCGAACAGACGCAUUCUCACAUGGGUUACACCCUCAGCGGUCAUCAUACCCGCCAACCCCACAUGCGAGCACUCCUAUCCUGAGAACCGGGCCACCGCCUCCACCGCCGCACAGGCCGGCCACAGGCGCGAGCACGAAUCCAUCUCUUCGCAAUCUACUUUCUUAA